GUUUGGUAGAUGAACUCCCUCAACCUGGUUUCUUAUGAGGAUAAGGGUCAGGUUCUCCACUGUCUAUUUAGACUCAGCAGUACUUCCACCCUCAUACAUAUCUCUGGUAUCUAUGGUGCUCACAAUGAGGUCAACCGAACCACUCUUUUUGCUGAAAUUGUGGAAUAUGCAAGAAAGGUUGUCUCUAUCCCUUGGUUUCUAGGCGGAGACUUCAAUGCAAUCUCUUCAGUGGCUGAGCAUAAAGGGAAGUGUGACCCCAAUCUCAUAGAAAUUGCAAAAUCUCAACAAUGUAUUUCUGACAGCGGGCUUCUUGAAAGCAGCUUCUCCGGGCCUUCUUUCACCUGGACUGGAAUCAGAUCCAGAGGGAGGGUAUGGCGGAAAUUAGACAAAGUCCUUUACAAUGAGACUUUUUCUAGCUCCUUCCCUCACCACAAUCUUGUUCACCUUGCAAUAGGAGCAUCUGACCACUGUCCUCUUGUUUUUACCAUCAAUGGACCACUUCAUGGCACCCCCAGUCGUUUUCGAUUCCUCAAUCUUUGGGUGCAAGAUAGGACCUUCCAAGAGAGGGUUAAAAAGACUUGGAACAACUCCUUCCAUGGGAGAGGAAUGAGGGGCUUGAUGAUCAAACUGGAAGAGCUCAGGAAGGAUCUCAAACAUUGGAGUUACAACAACUAUGGAAAUCUUUUCCAAGCUUUUGAGAGGAGUGAAAAGGAUCUCUUGGCUGCUGUAAACCUCUUUGCCUCUGACCCAUCCCCGGAUAAUCUAUCUGCUUUGAACCUCCAAAAGGCUAAGCAUUCUAAGUGCAUUAACAAUAUUGAUUCCUUCUGGAGGCAAAAAGCUAAUAUCAAAUGGAUCAAGGAGGGGGAGGCAAACACUAGCUUCUUCCAUAACUAUGUCAAAGGUAAAAGGAAGAGACUUUUAAUCACCCAUAUCAGUAAGGGAGAUGAUAAUUUCUUGGAAUCUCAAGAAGACAUUAUUGCAGAUGGACUUUCUUUCUUUAAGAAGGCUUUUUGUGAGGAACCUACCCUGACAGAUUCAGACCUUCUACAAUCCAUCCCAGUAGUCAUAUCUGAGGAGGAUAAUACCAUGUUAACUAGAUUACCUAAUGAGACAGAGGUCUGGGAAGCUAUUUUUGCUAUAGAUCCCAACAGUUGUGCUGGGUGGGAUGGAUUCAAUGGCUUCUUUGUAAAAAACGGGUUUACGCCUAUGUCGUACCGUGUUCGUUUUAUGACAGGUUUUGAUAAUGCCAAACCGUCGUGACAAUAACAAGGUUAAAGUAAG